AGCUGCUGCAGUAGUCCACAGGUACGCAACGCGUUCGGGCGACUGGCUGUCUGUGCAUGUGCGCGCGCGCGAUAGUGAGUGUACCUAUAUAAUAUAUAUAAUAUUAUUAUUACUAUUAUUAUUAGAAUUAUUAUUGUUGUUAUAAUAUUAUAAUUACACGAGAUCGUCUGUAAUAGCGUCGUAUUCGAUUGUCGUCGACGAUAUCAAAGUCACGCGCACUCAUAUAAGGUGAUUUGAGCAGGUAACUGUUUUUCCCCCGUAUAGUAGUGGAAAAACGCAGUUAUCUUUAUAUUAUCAAUAUCAUAAUAAUAUUAUUAUCAUCACACCGCGAUCACCGGCAGACGUCAUCGUCACCCGCGGUUUUGAAGCAUAAAUCUUCGGCGCCGGUCGGCAUAUACCGCGGUUCAGAGCGAGCAAACCGCCUACCUAGCAACGAUAUCUAAACACUAAUACUUCGGAAAUCGACAGCCGCGACCAACGUGGGGACGAUCGCUUAGUAUAAAACUAUACCUAUCGGAAAAAUCGGACGAGUCGCAGCGGAAUAGACUGAACAGGAGAACAUUCGGCACCGAACCGGCGACUAACGUUGUCAAUAGGCAUCCCCCGUCACGUCAUAUAUGACGCAAGGAAGUGUAUUAUAUUGGUAUACGUUUGGAAUGAGUUACUAAUUUGGGAAAUGCAAAAAAUGUAUAAAUAUUCGUUAUAAAAAAUAUCAAAUACAAACCAAACCAUGGUCAAACAGUGUUUGAAAAAAAUUUUGAAAAAAUUUAAUAUGCCCGGACAACUCUCUGUGUGGCCCGUAUGCCUUUUCAGUGUCAAUAAACCAGAAAUUGGACGCAUCAAGAAUUCUCAUACUUCCUCAAAAAGGUGUAAUGAAGCACGGCGCAUGUCCGAAGGUGGUCUCGUCAUGUCUUCAUGCGCGGCUGCCAACUUCAACAACAACAACAACAACAACACCACAAACACAAACAACAACAACCACAACGGCGGCAGCAGGACGACGGCCGCUGUGCCCAGGCGCAAGUUCAGCUUCCCGGCGGUGUUGCAGUCGCACAGCCUUCAAUCUGAACUGGGCGGCGUCGACUUCGGCGGUGGGCCGUCGCUCACUGUUGCCACAGCCCGUCGGCGGUUCAGCAACGUCAGCGACGUCGUGUCCAGGAAACUGUCGCACACCAUCGGGUGGCGGACGGCCGUGCCGACGGAGCAGAUCGCGCGACAGGGCAAGGCGCUGUGUGUGCAGUACGUCCGUUGGAAGCUGAAGCGGGCUGGCGCGUACACGAAAAAAUGCGCUGCUGUGUUGCGAGCGGCUAGCGCGGCCGCUAACCCCACGGCUUCGGUGGACGGAAAUGGCGGUGGCGGAAGUGGUGGCUACUUCAUACCGCCACUACAGGCGAUGGCAGCUGCGGCCGAUCACAUCGAUGGGGUGCGUCGUGACGUGUUUCCUGCCGUGCUCCGGGUCGGGCUCCAAUUGGAGCGGCUCGACCCGAAACUGUACGCGACAGGGACCGUGGCCACUGAAACUGCGGCCGUCACUGCUGCGUCCACAGCCGGUGCUGCAGGCAACCCAUCGGCGGCCGCGGCAAUGACCGGGCCGGCUGCUCCGCCUCAGCGCCUGUUCCAGCGGCACCGGCCCGCGUACAGGAGAAACACGGCCGCGGCUUCUGUCGUCCUGGUGUCCGUAUCCCGUGAACUGUUCCGGGCCGGCGCCCAGGUCACGUGGGCCAAAGUCGUGUCGCUUGUGUGCGUGGCCGCCGGGCUUGCUGUCGACUGCGCGCGCCGUGGCCGUGCCGAUCAGCUGCCCGACCUGAUCGAGGCCGUCGGCGAAGUAAUCGAGGACGAUCUGGCCGCUUGGAUACAUUACAACGGCGGAUGGAUGGGGCUCCAGUCAUACUGCAAACCGGUGGUCGUCAACAUCGAAAAUCCUGUAUCCACUCAAAUCUUGUAUCUAGUGUCAUUGCUCAUAGUUGUCAUAUUUUUCUUGUUAUUGUUGAGGUGGUUUGACUUCAUAUCCGUUUUCCGAUGAACCUGCCACGGCAGAUGACAUCCAACAAUUAUAUUAUAUAAAUAUAUUUUAUUACUACAAUAUACGUUAUAUAUAUAAAUAUAUCUCUGCCUAUUAUAUUAUACAGUUUUAUAUAGAUAUAUCGUCUGUUACUUUAUGCACAAAUUAUACUAUAUACAUAUAAAUAGGUAUAAUAUAUAUCUAAUAUCUAUUAUAAUACCUAUAUUAAUAUACGUGCAGCAAAAUGUCUAAAUAAUAUAAUAUAUAAAAUGGUAUUAAUAUUAUUUUUAUCAUUAUUAUAACUGUUAUUUUUAUUUUUACACAACGUAAAAUAAAAUGUUGAAUGUACA